GUCGAGCAGAGACUCAGUAACGCUGAGAAGCGGCAGCGCAGCACGGAGCAGAAGAUGCAGGCGUUGCAGGAGAAAGUUGAAAGACUGGAAGCUAUUCUGGGUAUCAUGCAAAACGAAGUGCCGCCAACACCCACGGAGGAGAAUACAUCAUUCGACCGCAAGGUGGAACCCUGUGUGCUCAUCUGUCGGUCUAAGAAUAUCAUCAGCCGCGACGAGUUGGUCAAGAGCGUCGUCGGCCCUACUCUGGAGAAGAACAACAUGCAGCUCUCAGAGAUCGUCAUCGAGAGUGACCCCGCAGCGAAGCGCUUCGUGGUACGUGUAUCUGGCAGUGCACCAUAUGCGAGUAGGUUGAUCAAUCAGAUUCUCGGCAGUUUCAAGAUUGCAGCAGCUCAGUGGGAGAUAUUCUUUGCCAAUGAUGUCAACGGCACGCGGGCAGAAGUGUACAUCUCGACGGACAAGUCCCCGUGCCAGGUACAGCGUGAGAUUCUCACGCAGAAGAACAAGACUACGUUGGUCAACCUCUACCCAGACCAUCACUUUCAUAUUAAUAAGCAGUUGGGGGAAGUGUCCACGCAGUGGGAACCAUUGGUGCGAGUUCCUCCGAGGGCAGGUGUUAGAUCCAAGCCCAUCUUCGAGUUCGAUGAGGCCAACCUCGCGUUCUUUGGGAUCGAUCGCGAGACAGCCAGUGAGAAGCUGGAGAACCUCAACCCG